GGUUCCCAGCACUCGUCGCAGCCGAGCCACUGCUUUGCACUCAAAUGAUAUCGAGACUAUUAGUCACCUGCGAUGGGAACUUCGUGGCUAUAUUCUGAGAGCUCAACGCAAUGGUUGGGUCGACUGGUUGGAUAUAUAUAUAUAUAUGUCUUCGUCGCCGCUUUUCCCCCUGAAUCGUAACAACCUUUCCCCUUCUACCAUGCCUAUGGAAUUUAAAGGUACACGGAAGAAGCGGAGUGCUUUAGACACCACCUCAUCUCGCCCCGAGGGGGACCAUCGCAAACGUCGCCGAAACCGCACCACGCAGUCUUGUCUAAAUUGUCAUACGUCCAAGCGCAUGUGUGACCGGAAACGCCCCUGCGGUCGCUGCACACAGCUGGGUCUCACAGGGUUAUGUGUCUACGAGGUUGACGACCCAAGUCGACGAAGCGAUGCUCAAGACGAAAGCUCCCAGCUCCGCAAACGGGUUGCUGAACUUGAGGCUGUCAUCCGUGAGCUGAAAAAUAAGCCCCACCCUCGCUGGGCGCAGAGCGGUUCCACCGUGAGCGAAGAAUCCGAGAAGCGGCACACGCGGGCUCUGUCCGACCCACCAUCCGCAAGUCCGCAGACGCAGUCUUGUCAAAGAUCAGAUACGACUGAGCAGGAAACGACUGAGCCGAAGCAGGGGCCUUUUCCAAGAGAAUUCCCAUUCCAGAAAGAUGGUUUUGUGUUUCCUCAAGGGGAAUGCCUGGAUGACACUGUCUUGAAUUUUGGUCUUGGUUUGCCAUUCGGUCCUCCGUCUUCACUCAUCAUGAUUCCGAUGGAUGAGCACACCCAGUCACACGCCGCAGUCAGCGGUGAGCACCAACCGUCCGGCGACUCAGAUUUAGCCUCCAUCUUUACAUCGUACCCUGGUUUGGUGAGUUGCGAUGUCAGUCUGGGAUUAGAUGGGCGACAUUACAGUGACUCCCACGUUUCAAAACCAAAUAAUUCCUCCCGGAUCUCCGACAGCCACUGUGGCUGUCUUAACGAAACUACGUACUAUACCCCAGUACUAGAGCUCUCUCUUUGGCUGAGAAAAGUAGCAGAAGUGCUAAGCCAUUCAAGUAACCAUCGGAUUGGUGCAACGAGCUGUGCACUUAAUCAAAGAAUUAGCGACCUCGACCAUUUUGUCAUCACGGCACUCACUGGGACGACCAAUCUUCCAAAUCAACAAGCCAGACCAUCUUUGGACUCGCGUGCUGGUCCUCCCGCUGGCACAUGGGUUCACACUGUGCCACCUUCUUUCCCGGUGAAUAGCUGCCCUCUCAACGUAUCACCAUCGACAAUAUCCCCUCAAUCACUGCACGACUUUCGGCUACGGGACAUUUCAUCAGCACUUCCCAAUUCAUCCUCCGUUGUUGCUGAUUCUAUCAUGCCUUGGGAACCCAUACGAUGUAGCUGAGUAUCUACAAUAAUAUAGAGUAACGUGCAUGGAUUUAAAAGAACCAACCCUCCUACUAGUGUCUGUGCUUGGUCGGUAGCUUACUAACAUUCAACCAC